UCGUUUGCGGGCGUGGGGUCGUCGGCGUGGUACCCCAGCCUCGGAUACCACCACAACCACCACUUGGCUAACCAGCACAACCACCACACUAACAACACCCACCGCAGGCCGAACUUCCUCCCCGUCUCGACCGCCGCGGGGCCGCUCAGCCUGCGCGCCACGGCCUCGCAGCCCGACACGCCCUCGCGGUCGCCCGACCCGGAGGCGGACGACGUGGACUCCGUCAAGAGCUUCGGGUCGGUGUCCUCUGCGCUCAGCUGCGACGCCGCCUUCGCCUUCGGCCGCGGGUCCUCGUCGGCGUCGCCCCAGGCCCACUUCGGGCACUACCAGAGCCCCUACGCCUACCGCCACACCGCCCCCCACGCCCACCACAGCGCCUCCUCCGGGUCGUCCAGCUCGACGUGCGGCGGCGGCGGGAAGGGCGGCGGCGGAGGGAGGAACGUCAAGUACGCCCUCCACUGCCCUCACAACCACGACAACGACCCCGAGAACUACCUGACGCCCACGCAGCGCGCCGCCAGGAGGAUCCGGGAACUUAAGAGCCAGCUGGCGGAGGCGCGGCGGGAGGUGCACGUGCGCGACGCCGAGAUCUCCCGGCUGACGCGCGAGCUGGUGGAGCUGCGGCUGGUGAAGGCCAGGGCGCCGCACCGGGAGGAGGACGAGGCGCAGGCCAGCGCAUCCGCCGCCGGCCAGAAUGCCCUCGUCUCGGAGGCGACCCCCGCCCGCGACAGCAGCGCCCACAAGCGCCUGACGGUCGAGGGCGACGCUGCGUCAUCGUCUUCGUCAGCACACACGCCCAAGACCUCCGCCACGCCCUCGGAGGGAAGCGAGCCCGAACUGAGUCGCCUCAUGGACAACUUGACCAUUGGUGGACCAGGAGAUUCGGGCAGCGCCCACGCCGCCGCUGAGUCGCCUGCGGCUGGCUCCGUCGCCGAAACCACCGCCGAUUCCGUCGACCUCACGCGCUCGCUGGCGGACUCCGGCCACUACGAGGACCUCACGUCACCCUGCCUCUCGUCCAAGGACCCAUUCGAGCAGCCGAGGCAGCGCUUACUCAGAGGCAGACGUCUGGGUGGUGACGGCGAUGAUGAUGAGGAAGAGGACGAUGACAACGACGUGGAGGAGGUGGCGGUGGAGGUGGACCCGUGGACGGCGCUGGAGGAGGCUGAGGCGCGGCUGCGGGAUUACGAGCGGCGGGAGGACCAGCUCAAGAGGAACCACAUGGAUGAAUACCACGAGCUCAAGGAGAAGCACAACGACCGCGUCGAGUCACUGCUCUCCAAGCUCAGUGAUGCUAAUCUCAAGUACUUCGAACUCCGGCCCAUGUAUGACAGAAGCCAAGAGAAGAUCCGGGAGCUGGAGCGCGAGGCGGCCAAGCUGAAGGACGAACUGACCGAGGCCGAGCUGCGCCACCAGAAGAUGUACCUCCAGAUGUUCCUCAAGGGGCAGCAGGCGGCCAAGUUACAAGCAGACGAUGACCAGGAUGGAGAGGACGAGAGUCAGUCGUCGAUAUCCUCCGGGGGCCCCAUGGUUGACCUGAUGAAGCAGUUGGCUCGGACCGAGGAGGAGCUCGAGAAGAUAAAGGGUGUUUCCUUCUUGCCUCCCUCACUGUCCUCCCCUGGGUUGCGAGGCCUUCCAUUGGCUUCUCUUGGUGCACCAAAGGCAGCUCUGUUGGAUGGUAAACAGGCGGUCAGUCUGUACUUCCAGGGACGGAGACAGGUGCGUACUCUGCCUGUCUAGCUGUACACAAACAUGCACUUGUACUCUGUAUCCAGAAAAAUUGUUCUUCUUUUUCUUCUUCUUUUUAUUGUUGGUCCUCUUUUUCUUGGUUUACUUUACUUUUUCUUUUAUUUUAAUUUACCUUUUCUUUUUUUUUAUAAAAAAAAUAAUGUCCUGGACUUGCUUUCUGCCAAAGUAUUUAUGUGACAUUUGAAAGUGGCUCAUUUCCAGUAAAUAAAGGAUGUUUCCAUGUUUCCUUGCAUUUUUUCCAUUUUUGUUAUAUAUCAUGCAUAUGAAAGUAAAUUGAG